AUGGCUUUGGGCAAAGUGGAACAGAUAAAAUCCCUGGAGUGUGUGUCCGGUGAUGUCUCUGAGCCUGAUCGAGGGACUCUGAGGCGGGUGUGCGAUGAUAUCUCCUUGGAUAUCUUCCUCGUGGCAGUGGCCGAAUUAGCCGAGCGUUUCACAUAUCGGUCAAUAACAGCGCCCAUGCAAAACUAUAUCCAGAAUGGUCGCGAUGACCCACUCCAUCAUGGCGCAUUAGGAAUGGGACAAAAAGUGGCAACGGGGAUUAGCUACUUCUUCGUGGGAUGGUGUUAUCUGGCUCCUAUAUUCGGGGCCAUCGUGGCAGAUAGCUAUCUUGGUCGAUUUAAGACAAUUUUCUUGGGAACAGGAUUAUCGAUGUGCGGGGUCCUGAUUCUAUUCAUCACCUCCCUUCCGACCAGUCUUGAUCAUGGCGGAGGGUUACCGGGCCUCAUGCUUGCUUUGAUACUGAUCGGCCUAGGCUGUGGUGGAAUCAAAAGCAAUGUCGGCCCAUUGAUCGCAGAGCAGUACUCCAUGCGGUCACAGCGGAUCAAGACGUUGGAUAGCGGAGAAAGGGUCAUUGUUGAUCCUAAUGUGACGGUACAAACUAUCUAUGCUCGAUAUUAUUGGAUCACGAACGUGGGGGCUCUCUCCAUCAUACCUGCCUCGUGGCUGGAACUCAAAGUUGACUUUUGGGCCGCCUUUAUGUUGCCCUUUGCCCUAUGGCUGUUAGCCGUUCUUGCGUUGGUCUAUGGACGACGGAAAUACGUUGUGCAACAACCUCAUGGAUGUGCCAUUACAAAAGCAGCCCGGAUUCUAUGGAUCAGCAUGAAGAAUAAUGGCAACAUGGAUGCAGCAAAAUCAUUUGCGAUGGAGGAGCGUGGUGCCUCUAUUUCGUGGGAUGACACGUUCGUCGAUGAGUUGAAGCGAGCACUGGUUGCUUGUCGGGUUUUUCCUAUCUUCUGGCUGUGCAACGGGCAAGCAAACAACAACCUGGUCAGCCAGGCUUCAUCUCUCAAAACCUACGGAAUGCCCCAUGAUAUGAUGGGACUAUUCAACCCCGUCACGAUCCUGAUCGCUAUUCCUCUCUUUGAAUGCGUCAUCAAUCCGGCUCUCCGACGGUAUGGGAUCCCAUUCAGACCUAUUAGCCGUAUGACCACCGGGUUCGUCGCUAAGGCGUGCGCCAUUGCCAUUGCUGCUGGCAUUCAACAACUGAUAUAUAUGUCCCCUCCAUCCCAUGUCAGCAUCUUCUUGCAGGUCCCGGUCUUCUCCCUCAUCGGACUGUCCGAGUUCUUCUCGACUCUGUCCGGCAUGGAAUACGCCUACACCAAGGCUCCCAAAUCGAUGCGGAGUAUUGUCUCUUCGCUCUUCCUUCUGACCUGCACCAUUGGCUCAACCCUGGGGAUUACCUUGUCACCAGUCUCGGUGGAUCCGAAAGUGCUGGUGGAGUAUGUCUCUCUCAGCAUCGCGAUGUUCGCCACCGCGCUGCUCUUCUACUGUUGUUUUGGUAAAUACAACAAAAUGGAAGAAAGUAUGAACAAGAUUGGAGACAGCGAGAAGGGAUACUCAUCUGAGUCUACUGAGGAGGAGAUACGUGAUUCAGAUCGGCUGGAGAAGCAGUAA